UCACAUAGAAACUACGCGUUUAGAUGGUGAAGAAAAUUUAAAAAUCAGACAAUGUGUUAAAGAAACAUCUCAUUGUAAAGAAUUAAAAGAUUUGAUUGGUUUAAAUGGAAUAAUUGAAUGUGAAUUGCCAAAUAAGUUACUUUAUAAUUUUUUAGGAAGACUGACAAUUAUGAAUAAAAAUCCUAUACCUUUAGAUAAUAAACAAUUUUUACUAAGAGGAUCAGUUCUGCGAAAUUCAAAAUGGAUCUAUGGAGUUGUGAUAUACAGCGGUCAUGAAACUAAAAUUAUGCUUAAUCAAUCUUUACACUCUUUAAAAGAAUCAACUGCAAUGGAAACAAUUCAAAACUCGUUACUAAAAACGGUUUUUCUAUUGAUUUUUUUCCUGAGUAUUAUGUGUGCUUUAUGCUCUUUGUGGUGGACUAAAAACCAUACUAAUAAACAUUGGUAUCUUGAACAAAGAGAUGUCAAUGCGUACACGUUUCUUUUACAAUCAAUCAGUUUUUUCGUUAUAUUUCAUAAUACAAUCCCCGUAUCACAUGUUUAUAUUGAAGUAGUGCGUUUCUUACAGGCUUGGUUUAUUAAUAAUGAUAUUGAUAUGUACCACAAAGAAAGCAAUACACGUGCUAGGGUUAGAUCACAAAAUUUGAAUGUCGAGUUGGCAAAGGUAAAAUACAUUUUUUCUGAUAAAACUGGUACUUUGACUAAGAAUAUUAUGAAAUUAAAACAUUGUUCAAUUGCUGGAGAACUUUAUCCAGAAGGAUCUCAAAAUAAAAUUAUAUAUAACUCGAUCAAUCAUUCUACCAAAAACAACUAUGUCUUGGAAUUUUUGAGAAUAAUGUCUAUCUGUCAUACAGUUAUACCUGAGAAGUCAAAACUGACUGAUAAAAUAGUGUACAACGCAUCGUCUCCUGAUGAACAAGCAUUAGUCAUUGGAUCUCAACAAUUUGGAUUUAUAUUUCAUACUCGUAGUCCAACAUCAGUUACUAUUACUACAUUAUACGGAGAGGAGACUUAUGAAAUUUUAAAUUUAAUAGAGUUUACAAAUUCUAGGAAAAGAAUGUCAGUUAUUGUUCGGACACCUGAUGGUCAAAUAAAAUUAUUUUGCAAAGGUGCAGAUACCGGUAUCAUUAAACGCUUAUCAAAAUCUGGUGAAAAGUACAAAAACCAAACCUUGAUGCACUUAAAUGAUUUUGCCCACUCUGGUUACCGUACGUUAUGUUUUGCAUAUAAAAAUAUUUCUGAAAGCUUUUAUAAUAAGUGGAAAGAUGAAUAUCUCAAUGCAUCUGCCGUGUUAAUAGAUCGUGAAAGUGCCAAAAAUAAGGUCGCUGAAAAAAUAGAAAAGAAACUGACGCUAAUUGGAGCGACUGCAAUUGAAAAUAAAUUACAGGACAACGUACCAAAAACUAUCCAAGCAUUAAUGUGUGCAGCAAUUAAAGUAUGGAUACUAACUGGAGAUAAAGAAGAAACAGCAUUAAAUAUUGGAUUAUCUACAACACUCAUUACACAAGAUAGCUCAAUAAUUAUUUUUAAUGAAUCAAAUUUAACGGAUCUCAGGCAUGCUAUAAAUCAAAAAAUGUAUAAUUUGGACCUUAAAGUUGAAACAAUAAAUUGUACAUUGAUAAUAUGUGGACGAUUUUUGAAGCACGCAUUGUCUAGUGAUCUUAAAAUGAAAUUUCUCAAAUUGUGCUUUAACUGUAAGUCUGUGAUCUGUUACAGAAUAUCGCCUACACAGAAAGCUGAGAUUGUUGAUCUCGUAACAAAAUAUACAAAUGAAGUAACCUUGGCUAUAGGUGAUGGAGCUAAUGAUGUGCCUAUGCUUCAUAAAGCUAGUAUCGGAGUCGGUGUAGUAGGUUUAGAUGGAUUACAAGCAUACAAUGCUUCAGACUAUUCAAUUGGACAAUUUAAUUAUUUAUUAAAAUUAUUGUUUGUGCAUGGCGCUUGGAAUUAUGAAAAGAUUACCAAAAUGGUUUAUUUUUAUCACUAUAAAACUGUUGUUUUUAAUUCAUUGCAAUUAUGGUUUGCCAUUUAUUCUGGAUGGUCUGGUCAAGUACUAUUCGAUAGAUGGAAUAUUUUCACGUACAAAUCAUUAUUUACAGUUUCACUACCGAUUGUAAUGGGACUAUUUCUAACUUCAUGCUCAACAGAAACAAGAUUAAAAUGUCCACAGUUGUACUAUAAAACUCAAAAUGUAUUUAGUUUUAAAAUGUUUUGGAUAUGGAUAAUUAAUGCUUUAUUUCACUCAAUAUUCUUAUUUUGGAUAUGUUUAUUCAUCAUGAAGCAUGAAGUUAUAUGGAUCAAGGGGAGAGUAGGCGAUUAUUCAGUAUUCGGAAACAUCAUAUACACUUGUACGUUGGUCAUUGUGUGUUUCAAGGCAGGUUUACAUAUUCAGUCAUGGUCUUUUAUUGUACACUUAGCUAUAUGGGUAUCAAUACUACUAUGGAUAUCAUUCAUAAUAAUUUAUGACGAAUUAAAGAACAUUUUAAUGCAUUUUACUGUGUUCAUCAAUAUAAAUGAAAUCAUAUUUAGAUCGCCAAUAUUUUGGAUUACAAUACUAUUUACUACGAGUGUAGUUCUAUUACUUGAUAUUAUAAUUAUAACAAUUCAACGAACUCUAAGCAAUGAUAUGACAAAUAACGAUUAAGAAAAAUGGAAUUUUAAAAAAAUAAUGCGAUACCAGCCACAUAAUAAAUAACAUUUCAUAACUUUAUUGAAAUAGACCUAUUAGUAAUUAUAUAUUUAAAACAAUUGAAAAUAUACAAUUAUGUAUGAAGUAAGCAAUUUACUAAUUUUUAAGAAUACUUUACCCUACUUUCUAUGAACUUCUAUAUACACUUAUUUACCUAUUUGACCUAUUUGUUAAAAGUUCUUGGAUGAUAAACUGAUAACUAAUAACUAGGUAUAUUGUGGUUUUUCAAUAUCGAUAUAGA